CCCAACAUUAAAGUAGUGCCCCUUCUGUCGCUCCGUGGAUCGCUACGCACCGGCGUUCCUCUCCAACCUUUGCACGCUUUUGUCAUUCGGAGCAUGAGGGAUGCGUAAAGCAGCAGAUCUCCUCCCGUGCGGCUCCGUGGAGGCGCACUUCGGCCACCAUCACCGGCGGAGCGAUACCACAAUGUCGUCCUCUCUGCCUCGGUUUGCCUAGCGGAGGGUGUGUGGCUCAGUGUACCUGACAGAGGGGGAGAGUCCGUCGGCUGCUGUCGGAAAAGCGGCGCAGAGGCUCAGAAGUGGACCGAUGCACCUGCCGCUAACGCUCUCAGAUGCGGCACAGAUCCUCCAUCCGCUGCGGUUGUUUUGCAACUGAUGAUUUUUUUCCUCCUGCUGUUUUGAUGCGUUCAUGAGGAUGUCUGUGAAUAUGUUUAUUCUGGUGCCGUGCUGCUGUGCGUGAGUCACCGUUGGCGCUGGCGAGCAGGUGCUGUUGUCGGGGCCCGUUGACAUGCGUUCCCCCUGAGCUCGGUCCCGCCUCUCUCAGUGGUGUGGUGGCAGGAUGCCGGUGCAGGCGGCCCAGUGGACAGAGUUCCUGUCCUGUCCCAUCUGCUACAAUGAGUUCGACAGCAGCGGCCACCAGCCCAUCAGUCUGGGAUGCUCCCACACGGUGUGCAAGACCUGCCUGCACAAGCUGCACCGCAAGGCCUGCCCCUUCGACCAGACGCCCAUCAGCACCGAUAUCGACCUGCUGCCGGUCAACUGCGCCCUGCUGCAGCUGGUCGGAGCUCAGGUCCCAGAUGUUCAGCCGGUGAGCCUGAGCAGUGCAGCGGAGGUCGAACACUACGAGGUCUGCAGGGUUUGUGUAGAAGAGCUGGCUCUCUACCUGAAGCCCAUCAGCGGAGCAAAAGGUGUGGCCACGCUGAGUCCGAGCGUGCUCAGUCGGCCCAUGCAGAGGAAGCUGGUGACGUUGGUGAACUGCCAGCUGGUGGAGGAGGAGGGUCGGGUGAGGGCGGUGCGGGCCGGACGCUCUCUGGGGGAACGAACCGUAACUGAGCUCAUCCUGCAGCACCAGAACCCCCAGCAGCUCUCGGCCAACCUCUGGGCAGCAGUGAGGGCACGGGGCUGCCAGUUUCUGGGACCUGCUAUGCAAGAAGAUGCGCUGAAGCUCGUGUUGCUGGCUCUGGAGGACGGCUCAGCUCUGUCCAGGAAGGUGUUGGUGCUGUUUGUAGUCCAGAAGCUGGAGGCUCGGUUCCCCCAGGCCUCCAAAACCAGCAUCGGACACGUGGUGCAGCUGCUCUACAGGGCCUCCUGCUUCAAGGUGACUAAGCGGGAUGAGGACUCCUCGCUGAUGCAGCUGAAGGAAGAGUUUCGGACGUACGAGGCUCUGAGGAGAGAACACGACGCUCAGAUCGUCCACAUCGCCAUGGAGGCCGGUCUGAGAAUCUCCCCCGAGCAGUGGUCUUCUCUGCUGUACGGAGACCUGGUCCACAAGUCACAUAUGCAGUCCAUCAUCGACAAGUUACAGUCUCCAGAGUCUUUUGCAAAGAGCGUUCAGGAGCUGACAAUCGUUCUGCAAAGGACAGGAGACCCUGCCAACCUCACAAGCCUUAGACCACACUUAGAGCUACUGGCCAACAUAGAUCACAACCCAGAUGCUCCAGCACCAUCCUGGGAGGAGCUGGAGAGCGUGAUGCUGGCGGUGAAGCUGGUGGUUCAUGGACUGGUGGAGUUUAUACAGAACUUCAGCAAGAAGAGCCACGACACUCCACAGCCUCAGGCCAACAGCAAAUAUAAGACCAGCAUGUGCCGAGAUCUUCGUCAGCAGGGAGGCUGCCCCCGAGGAACCAACUGCACAUUUGCACACACACAAGACGAGCUGGAAAAAUUUAGACUGAGGAACAAGAAGAGCAGCAGUGUGGGCCGUGCAUUCCCGUUAGUCCCCGGCGUUCUGAAUAAAACCUUCACCAUGGAGGGAAACAUCCACGCUGAUGCAGGAGUCGGUCAGGGCCUCAAAGGCUCCGGGGAGAACACGGCCUCCAUGACGGAGGGAGUUCCCGGCCUGACUCACCCACAGCUGAUCUCACGAGGGCCCGACAUGAUGGAGGACAUGAAGAGAGCUGUGCCAAACGGAACCAGUGGGGCCAAUGGGUCCAACGGGUUAUCUGGCCACAGCAGAACCUCGUCAGGGUCAACAGAGCAGAAGAACAUUUCUCCUCCCAGGACUCCAGUCAGCCACUCGUCAGCGUCGUCUCCUCUGACCACAGUGGGCCGAGCUGAUGGUGGUGCUCCUUUACCCAAACAUGGUCAGUUCAUUCUGCGAGCACCACAUCCUUCUCAGGCAUCAGAGCUGUACUACCAGGAGUCCCACUCUGCAUAUGACACGGCCCACUAUCAGCCCAGCUCAGGUUCCUACUAUCAAUCCACCCUCCACCCUCCUCACAAACCUUGCAUGGCUCGGUUCCUCCGGUCCUCCAAUGUCCCAGAAUCCUCUCUGCCGCCUUCCAUCGGUCCUCCGCCGUCUUCGUACCCGAACGACCCUCAAACGCCUCACCCACCCUCCUCCUCUUCCUCGGGGUACCCUCCACACCCGCCCAGAGAUCGGAUGGGACCUCCUCCCUUCCAUCCCCACCCAGGCCAGCCUCAGUACGGUCCUCUGGCUCCUGCUCACGGUGUUUACGCUCCCCUCUACGACAGCAGGAGAGUAUGGAGGCCUCAGCUGUACCACAGAGAGGAUGCCAGGAGUAACUCACUGCCUCCAGAGGUGCUGCAUUCCUCUGUCUACCAGCCUCCACUCAGGGAGAGGUUCAACUCUCUAGACAGCAAUUACUGUUCUGGAGCUGAGCAUCGAGCAGGGCUGCACAGGGACUACGGACGCGUUCCUCUGGGCUACGAGGAUCUGUUCAGGAGGAAGCAGGAGCAGUGGGCUCAUCACCACCACCACCACCACAACGCCAACAGGCCCUCCCAGUCUUCCCCCAUCUUCACCAUCGAUUUCGGCACAGAGCAUGUGGAAAGCAGUGGGGGUCAGUGUGUGGGAUGCAGGUUCAGAGGUGAGGAAAGUCUAGCUCACUACUCUCCGUGGUCCUGUGGCACCAUCGGGCCCUGCCUCAGCCCCUUUGAGCCCGAAACGCUCGCACACAACUCUGCUCACUCCUGCUCUGAGCACUCGGAGCUGGACAGUAACGAAGGUGGAGGCGGCGGCGUUAGCGGCGGUGGUGUCGGGAAGCGAUGGCUGCAUUCACUGGAUCACUACCGACGCUUGAAAGAUGAGGACCCCAUCAUCCCUUUCAGUGAGGGGCCCAUUAUCUCUAAGUGGGGGGCCAUUUCAAGGGCGUCUCGCACCGGAUACCACACCACCGACCCUGUUCAAGCCACGGCCUGCCAGGGCAGUGCCAACACCACGCCCAUCAACUUUAAAGAUUACAACCCCCACUUGGAUCACAGUGACUACAGGUGGAGCUCCAGAGGAUCAGACUCUUCCAGUCACUCCAGUUUCCUAGAGAGUGAGCAGCUUUGUGCGUCAGAGCUACGCGCCCGGCGAACGUCGAUAAGCAGUGGUGAGAAAAUUGUGUCUGAUCUGAAAGCCCAUCAGACCACCUUCAGUAAGGAUCGGGACCGGACCGAGAGCGAACCGGACCCAGAUCGAGACAUCGAGCUUGAGCUGUGCGCUCUGGACAUGGAGGAUUCUGACCACCAGGACAUCAACUCUCAGGAGUCUUUAGAUCUGGCCGCCCCACAGUCUAAGGAUGCUUCCCGCCUCCUCCCACCUCCCUGCUCAUCUCCCCUCCUCUCCUCCCCUGUAGAGGAGCUCCCCCAAAGCGAGGGUCUUUCAACAGAAAAGAUGGACGCUCACCUGUUGAAAAAGAUGGCCUUCAGGAAGUCUCUGUCUCCAGGAGGGCUGGUCUCCGGAGGUCUGGGCAUCGGGAAGCUGGUGCUGCGUACCGGACCUCCUCGACUGGGCGACGCCUCCAGCAGAGCUUGUCCUGAAACAGCCGGGACAGAGAUGCUGCUCAAUGGAAGCUAAAGGGCCACAAAGUCAGACUCUGACCUGCACCGAGCUACAGCUGAGUGCCGACAACCAGAUCCUGGUUUAAGGGAAAACCAUUUAAUCCCAGCCUUCAUAUAUGUCGAUCAUAUGCCUAAAUAAAACUUGACAGAUAUAGAUGAACAGUCUGCGCUGCCCCACAUGGCAAGGGGCAAAAAGAAAACCCACUGGACUGCCCUGAGGUGGUGAUUUUCUCCACAGAGCUCCACAGAGAAUUGAGUGAUAUUGUUUAUGGCUAAUAUGGUACACAGCCAAUUUUCUCUAGUGGUAGAUGCUGAACUUGUCCACGUUUGCAGUUUCAACCCUUGGUCACAUUUAGAGGAAGAACUCACAGUAUCUUCAAUAUUUGAUUGACUGCUUACAUUUGACAGGCCUUUUUUCACAUCAGAUAGCAAAAUCUAACAAUAUUAUAAGUGAAUUUUCUUCAGUUAUGCCAUUUUAUUUAGUUUACUUUAGGAUUUUUAUAUUAAUAUUUUCCUUUUAAAUUAUUCCCCCCGUAUGUAGCCUCAAUUAACAGCAAAAACUGAGAUCUUUUCACCCCGUGCUGAAUGGUAGAUCACAGUAAAUGGUUCAUUUAUUUACAUCUCUCCUACACAUAUAAUGUUUAAAUAUACUAUAGCUUUCUGCGUGUAAUUGCUUUUUAGCUUGUGCCUUGGAAAAACAAAAGUGUUUCCAUCAAAGCAGGCGCUGGUUUAUAGUCUCCACAUUCAAAUGGUCGAUUUAAAAAAGCAGUGGGAUUAUUUAUCCCUUUUCAAAUAUGUUGCCCCCUUUAAGAGAUCUGACAUUUGUAUCUCGUGUUCUGUCUGUUAACAUGUUAUCGCAGAACAGACGCCUUCUCUGAGCAGCCUUAUGUGGCCAUGACUUCAUCCAGCGUGAUGCCGCCGGUUUACUGUAGAGCCUUUGUUGACAUUUCAUUUCAUAAAUAUUCCGAUGAUCUAGAAAUAGAGCUUUCUGGUAGAGCUGAGACCAAACAUGGGCACUCCAUACAUGCCUCGGACAGAGCAGAAGAACUGCAGGAAACAGAGAGAAAGUCUUUAAUGUGCUGGAAGAGAAGCGAGCCUCUGUGUUUUAUGAGUCAUUUGAGCUUUUAAACGUUGACCUCCAAAUUCCAUCGACUGUCACAGGAUCACGGAAGACAAUAACACAGUCAUGAGUUGAAUUUGUAAAUGCUCAGAGGUCACUUUUGUACUUAUUUUUUAAAAAAACCUUUAACAUGUACUCUUAAUCUACAAAUGUAAAGAAUAGAAACGGAGUAUUUUUAGCUGCAGGGGGAGAUAACUUAGUAGAAUUCUCUAUUUAUUCACAAUCAGUCUUAAAAGUGUUUGUUCCAUCUUUGUGUACCUGUAGUGUUACUGACAACUAAUCCUGCUAAUUGUAAGUUAGUCGCACACAUUCACAGGGCAGUUGACACAGACAUGCUAGAUAGUGGCCUUUCCAUUAUGUUCUAGAAAAACUAAACUAAACAUUGGGCUCUACAGUGACUUCUGUCUCAUCAUACACAUAAAUCUCAAAAACCAAACGCUGGACAUCACAUUUUCGUAAUCCUAUGGCCUCUGCUUUCCAGUCCAGUCACGUUUAUGUGUGAUGUAAUCAAUAAUGUUUGAAGGCUGUAACAGAGAGGGAUGCCACUUCCUAUGUUUCUUCAUGCUUUGUUUAACUUUUUGAAAAAUUUCGGUUCAUUUUAUUUUACGCAUUGCUAACUUCUGUGAAGUUGUCCAUCGGGGUAUUUUGUAUCAGGAUCUUUGUUACUCUUGUUUCGUUGUGUAUUAGUGUUUGCUGGCCGUCAGAUGUGCUGUCACCAGAACUCCACCAAAGUCUCCGUCACUUUAGUUUUGUUUAAUAUGGGUGAAUACAGCCUCGCUCCCUUUUUAUAGACAUGAGGCGUCCUAUCAUGUGUGACUUAGUAACUUAAAUGAAAUGUUCACUCAUCUUUAGAUAUACACGAGUCGUGAGGACUCUUCUAAGUUUGUUUACACCUAGUUCUAAAUCUAAUGAGAUUUGUGUAGAAGGAGAAGAGGAGGGCGAAUCAAUCUUUGAAUUUUUCAAGCUCCCUCUUUAAUUUCCUCUCAUCUCUGCUACUGAAAAAACCCUGAGAGACAAGCGUCAGUGUUUUUCCUCUCGGAUAAUACAUUAAAACCCAUUGUACAGGGUUAGAGAAUGGCUGUGUUGAGUUUUAAGUUAGGAUUUUUUAAACCAGAAAUAGUUACCUGUUGGUUUCCCUCUUUAUUUUCCACUCAACUGCUCAGAGACGUGGGUAGAGAAACUGAAGAACUGGACUGGACAUUGAUGUGGCAGUGCUGUUUUUUUUGGGGGGAAAAAGGUUUUGUAGUGUUAAUUUCUGACUAAAAUAUGAAAGCCAAGGGCUGGCACAGGGAUUUAGCAGUUAUUGAAUUAGUUCAGCUGCCUACUGUCACUCUGCAUCUGUUUACAACUUCACCUCUGAAGUCAUGUAAGUGCCAUGUCGUGUACAGUACAAUCAAUCCCUGCAGAUUUUCCUACAGCUUUUUCCAUAUCCCUCACCUGGAAACCACGUGAGGAGGGAGAGGCCCGGUCGAGUCGAGGAGUGGGACACUUCUCUUGUAGUUCCGCUUUGUUCCAUUAGAGGAGGCUAGAUCCUUGUCUGUUUUGAAUCGCUCAGGGAAGACUUAAUUUGCUCAGCUACUUUGGCUUUUUUCUAUAUCCAUCACUUGGAAAUAUUCUGUGGAAGUAUUUACCUGCUGAUAACUGACCCUUUCACCCAGAUGGGUAGAAGUGUGAUUCUAUUGAUUUGCCAAUGUUUACUUUGUUCUCUUUUGCCUCUCAGUAUCAGUAUUGGCUUUUUGCUAUUUGUGUUCUCAUGAGAAAGGGCUGGGCACUACUGUAUGUUCAAAAACAGUAUUGUGAGUAUUGAAACUAAUGUCAAAGUGAUACUCCCUGUUUCCUUUAAUGUCUCUAUAGAGCACUGCUGUAGUGGCUAAUUGCGCUGCACUGAUUCCCACCCCUCCAUCACUGCCAGUACCCUCCCCACAUCCUGCCCCCCUCCACCCCCACCACCUUCCCUGCAUCCUGAGUCCAUGCAUGCGGUAUCGUCCCUCUUGUGAUGGCGGAGGAGUAAUGACAAUUCUGUAGUUGUGAUACAACACACCCAGCGCUGUAAGAGUUCUGCACAUGCCCACUGUGUGGCCACGUCAAGUGCUGAAGUUUGCUUGCAGCAUUUUUACUUGCUUGCUCAUGACAAUUGAUUUUUGUUUAAUAGAGAUUAUAUGAUUAUUACUAUUAUUGUUAUAACCACAUUUGGUUGUCGUUGUGGUAUUUUUUCCUUCUUGAUAUAAGUCGGCUUCUUUGUUUUGAGAGUUUGCUGAAAAUUUUUUAUUAGACAAGAAAGUGUCUCAUUAUUCUAUAUUGUAUGGAAAAACAAGCCUGUUUGUUGAUUGUGAAACAUGAUGAACUGAUGUUUUCUGACUAUUCAUGUCUGUAUUAGACAUUUUAUUUGCGAAUCUAUUGUUCGAUUGAAAUGUAAAUGAACUAUUAAGAGAUGGUACACAUCCGUCAUUGUAUACAGUCUGGCACCAUCAUUAGAUGGACUUAUAGUAUAGACGCUCAUUUAUACAACCUGUGAUAAUCAGAUAUAUUUAAAUGUUUAAAUCAUUGGGGCAGUUGUGUAAUGUUUCAGAAUGAGGAAAAUACAAUCCUUUAAGAGACAGCAUAUCUAAAAUGUCCCCAAAAUGAAUAAUACUGUUACGUAUUCCAUUUAUUUCCUUGGAAAUAUCACAUUGUGAAAGGUUUCCCUUUUACUUACUGUAUGGUGAUGCAGGACUGGAGUUAAGUCUAACCUAUGGUGAUGAUGAUUUAUGUGCUAUUAAUAACUGAUGAAACUGUUUGAGUUUUGUUCCAUUGACUGAUUCUUCCUUGCAUUUUCUGGCUUGUUCGAUCUGUAUUACACGGACCUGCAGACAGCUCGGACGAGCAGCAAACUGCUUCUGUGUCGCACUGAGAGAGAGGAGUUAUGAGAAGGAAGAUUUCAGCACAUGAAAUUGCAUGCUAUAAUAAACCGACAACAGUACUGCC